CUCUCCGGUCACCCCCUUUAGGGCGUCUGAGUGGAAAGGCAGUUGGGGAGGCGUGUUCAAAGUGGGCAGGCUAGCAUGAGGUGGAGCAGGAAGGGCAUGUCAGAUGUAUUAGUUCAGAGCUAGGAGUUGGAAUGCUCCCCUUGAUGGUCCUGUCCCAAGAUUUUUCUAUGGAAUUUUAGCUGUCCCCCAUACACGUGAUGAUGUAGAAUGACUUGAGACUUAGUCCACGGUACCUUAGAAAGUCUAAGGCUUGCCAGUUGGUCUUCCUCAACACAUAUUCCUAUACAACUCCUCUGUCUUCAUUGACCAGUGGAGGGUGAUGAGGCUGGCAGUGAGCCUCCAGGUUGUCCUGCUGCUGGUCCUAAGCUUCAGGGCCAUAAGCCUCAAUUUCCCUCUUGAAGUGGAACAGCUUCCUACUAUAAUAUCUCACACAUCUGGGCCUGUUAUUGCCCUUCCUUACGACAACACUGUUACUAUCGAAUGUGAAGCAAAGGGCAACCCUCCUCCAGAAUACAGAUGGACGAAAGAUGACCUCGACUUUAUUCCCCCCAAGCCUGCAACAAUCAAAAGUGACCAGCUUGACAAAGAUGGUACUUUUGUGCUACAAAACAAAAGCCUUGGUCGGUUUCAGGGUAAAUAUCGAUGCUACGCUUUCAAUAAGCUGGGAACCGCCAUGACAGAGGCAAUUGAACUGAUAGUACCUAGUAUGCCAAAAUUUCCAAAGGAGACAAUUGAACCUACGAUUGUCGAGGAGGGAGAACCUUUUGUCCUCAAGUGUAACCCUCCAGAAGGAGUUCCCCCAAGAAAGAUCCACUGGAUGUCCAUUGGGCUUCAGCACAUUGAGCAGGAUGAGAGGGUUUCCAUGGGCACUGAUGGCAGCCUGUACUUCUCUCAUGCCUUACAGAAAGACAGCCGUCAGGACUAUUGCUGUUUUGCCGACUUUCUUCGAAUACGUACAAUUGUCCAGAAAACCGCUGUGGCAGUUGAGGUCAAACCAUGGACACCAGAGUAUGAAUCUACUGACAGCAGCACUGUCACCCUCCCUGCGAGAACCCCCAGCCUACUGCUGCCCUCUGGUGUUCAGACAGAGAGGGUGCUGGUGAAGGGAGCAGAGCUUCAGCUUGAGUGUAUACCAGGAGGCUAUCCCACCCCAAAGAUAGAAUGGAUGAAGAUGGGAGACAAGAUGUCUACUCGAGCGAAAUUGGACAACUUUGGAAAGCUGUUGACCAUAUCUGCAAUAGAGGAGCGUGAUGAGGGCAAAUACAUGUGUUUGGCAAAGAGCUCAGCUGGACAGGCUGUCCACUACUUUGAUGUAAUAGUAGAAGAGCCUCCACAGUGGCAGACAGAGCCACCUGAGAGCCAUCUGAAUGUGAUUGGCUCUGAUGUGCACAUCAAGUGCUCGGUCAGUGGAAAGCCACAACCAGACAUAAUGUGGAGGAAAAAUGGACACAUUUUUGAAGAUGACCCCCUUAACAACAAACGGGUGCUUGAUGACACAUUGAUGCUUCACAACGCCGUGCCAGAGGACAGUGGCGUCUACCAGUGUGAAGCCUCCAACAGACAUGGUGGCGUCCUUGCCAACAUUAAUGUCAUGGUCAUGAAUAUGGCUCCUCUGAUCCUGACCAAGGACUACGAGGAGUAUGCUGUGAUACGCAGCGAGAAUGUGUCCAUGUACUGUCGAUUUUUCGGCUCGCCACCUCCUACCGUCACUUGGGCCAAAGAUGCGACUCCAGAAACCAUCGAGGGAGAACGAUUUGUUACACUCUACGACGGCUCAUUACAAAUAUCCAACACGGAAAUGGAAGACAGUGGCGAAUAUGUCUGUGUUGCAGAUAACAGCGAGGGCAAGUCGUCUAUAACUGCUGUGCUGGCUGUGAAAGACCCCACACAAAUUGUGAAGGGGCCUCAGGACAUGCAGGUCAUUAGCGGGACCACAGCCCAGUUGACAUGUCAGGCAGAAUACGAUAAAAGUCUGCAGGACACCUUUGAGGUGGUUUGGCUCAAGGAUGGGGUGAAAAUCCCACUUUCCUUGGAGGAACCUUCUAGGUACUUUGUGGGUGAUGACAUGCUGCAGAUUAUGAACGUGAACCUGGGUGAUGAAGGAAUAUACACGUGCAUGGCCAGAACUCGUCUGGAUGUGGACAACGUCACUGCACUCCUCACAGUGCUUGAUGUUCCUGAUGCUCCUCAAAAUGUAGUUAUAACUGAGCUUAAGGAGCCCAGAAAUAUUAGUCUGUUUUGGGUACCUGGCAGUGAUCACAACAGCUCUGUAAUAGAAUUUGUCGUGGAGUAUGAGGAGAGCCAGUGGGAGCCAGGAAAGUGGAAAGAGCUCCACAAAGUACCCGGUAACCAGGCAACAGCCGAGUUGGCACUACACGGACAUCUUAACUACCAGUUCAGAGUGUACGCCGUCAAUGCUGUUGGACCUGGGCCCCCUAGUGAGCCCACUGAGCGCUACAAAACCCCUCCAGCUGCACCUGAUAGGAACCCAGAAAACAUCAAAAUCCAAGGUCAUCUUCCUCAUCAAAUGGACAUUGGUUGGGAGCCGCUGUUGCCUGUGGAACAAAACGGCCCAGGCCUAGAGUAUAAGGUGAGCUACAGGAAACUCGAUGUGGACGACACCUGGACGGAACAUAUGGUCAAAAGACACUCCUUUGUUGUGAGGAACACAUCAACGUUCAUCCCGUAUGAGAUCAAAAUUCAGAGCAGGAACAGCCAUGGCUGGGGACCAGACCCUAAAAUUGUGACGGGUUACUCUGGAGAAGAUGUUGUCUUUCGACACUGUCUUCAGGAAAAUGUGUCAGUUCCCACCGCAGCGCCACGGGAUAUUGCAGUGGAGCUGAUGAACACAACUGUUUUGAAAGUAAGCUGGACCCCUGUUCCACCCGUCACAGUGAGAGGUCACCUCAGGGGGUACCAUGUUCACUGGCUGAGGAAGCGGAGUUUCCUGAAUCCUGACAAGAUCCUGGAUGAGCGGCAGUUGCUGUCCUUCCCUGGGAAGAGGACUCACGCCAUCGUGCCCAGCCUUGAACCUUUCUCAGAAUAUACGCUCACUGUCAACGUCUUCAACAAGAAAGGAAAUGGGCCUAGCAGUGACCCAGUCACCUUCAACACUCCGGAAGGAGUUCCUGAGCAAGUACCCAUUCUGACCACCUCCAAUGCCCAGAAAAACUCUGUCCGCCUGGUAUGGGGACCACCACUGGUGGCAAAUGGCAUCCUCACUGGCUACCUACUGCAGUACCACCUUAUUAAUGAAACCACGAUGGAGGUGCUCAAUACCCGGGAGAUGAACAUCACCGGGCCCGACACCACCCACUGGCAGCUGGAGGGCUUAGAAGAGGGUAGCCGCUACCUUUUCCACCUCAGUGCCUGCACUCAAGCAGGGUGUGGACCUCCACUAGCACAGGAGAGCAGCACUGGCACUCCAGCACCUGUGGCCACUGUUGAGAGCAGCCACAUCUGCUCUGUCUCCUUCCCUCACUCUAUCCCAGGCAGUACAACUCAUCCUCCUUCUUUGGUUCCAGGCCUGUUGAACAUAAGCUCUUACGUGAGUGACACCUAUGCCAAAAUCAGCUGGACUGCCAAGGAGGAGCAGCAGGACUCACAGCUUUACGUGGCUUAUAUGAAUAACCGUGACGGUAACUGGCGCAUUUCCAAGGCAGUAAACACGUCUCAAAGCUUCCACAUAAUUGAUGGGCUCAAACCUGGGACGGUGUACACAGUGCGCCUCAUGGCCAAGACGUUGCUCGAUAACGCUAGCAUUUUCGAAGACGUUAUCCAGACACAAGUCACAGGUGUUGCAGGUCAACAGAGAAGUGUUUCCACCAAGGGCUGGUUCAUCGGGACCAUGUGUGCUGUGGCGCUCCUUACUCUCAUCGUCCUCACCAUUUGCUUUAUGCGGAGAAAUAAAGGUGGCAAGUAUGCAGGUACGCCACCGCCUGGGCGACAAGACAUGCUCGCCAUGGACAAAGUGAAAGAGAAGGAAGACGUCCACCAUAAUGAGGAGUCCCAAGCAAUAAACGAUGACACCUUCUGUGAAUACAGUGACAGUGAUGAAAAGCCACUGAGGGGCAGCUUGUGUUCCCUGAAUGGCGAUGAUGCGGUCAGCAGAGACAGCCUGGUCGACUACGCUGAUGGCGGAGGAGAAUUCAGCGAAGACGGCUCCUUUAUCGGGGAAUAUUCAGGACACAAACACGAGGGAUCUGUCACCGAGCCCAAUGGAUUUGGCCCUGUCACUGCAUAAUGCCAAGCUUCACUUCAAAUUCAUACACAAAACACUGUUAUAUUUGCCUUGCACUACACCAUAUAUAUCUACAGUGGUGUGAAAAAGUGUCUGCCCCCUUCCUGAUUUCUUUUUUUUUUGCACUUUUUUUUGUCACACUUAAAUGUUUCAGAUCAUCAAACUAAUUUAAAUAUUAGUCAAUGACAACACAACUGAACACAAAAUGCGUUUUUAAAUGAAACUUUUUGUUAUUAAGGGAGAAAACUCAUUCAAACCUGGAUGGUCCUGUGUGAAAAAGUGAUUGCCCUCUAAACCUAAUAACUGGUUGGGCUACCCUUAGCAAUAAUAAUAAUUGCAAUCAAGCGUUUGCGAUAACUUGCCGUGAGUCUCUUACAGCGCUGUGGAGGAAAUUUGGCCCACUCAUCUUUGCAGAAUUGUUGUAAUUCAGCCACAUUGGAGGGUUUUCCAACAUGAACCACCCUUUUUAAGGUCAUGCCACAGCAUCUACAUAGGAUUCAGGUAAGGACUUUGACUAGGCCACUCCCAAAGUCUUCAUUUUGUUUUUCUUCGGCCAUUCAGAGGUGAACUUGCUGGUGUGUUUUGGAUCAUUGUCCCACGUUCGUUUCAGCUUGAGGUCAUGAAGAGAUGGCCGGACAUUCUCCUUCAGGACUUUUGGGUAGACAACAGAAUUCAUCGUUCCAUUUAUCACAACAAGUCCUCCAGGUCCUGAAGCAGCGAAACAGCCACCGACCAUCACACUACCACCUGUGUGGUAUGAUGUUCUUUUUCUGAAAUGCGGCAUUACUUCUGCACCAGAUGUAAUGGGACACACACCUUCCAAAAAGUUCAACUUUUGUCUCGUCAGACCACAGAGUAUUUUCCCAAAGGUCUUGGGGAUCAUCAAGAUGUUUUCUGGCAAAAUUGAGACAAGCCCUCAUGUUCUUUUUGAUUAGCAGUGGUUUUGGUCUUGGAACUCUGCCAUGUAGGCCGUUUUGGCCCAGUGUCUUUCUUAUGGUGGAGUCAUAAACACUGACCUUAACUGAGGCAAGUGAAGCCUACAGUUCUUUGGAUGUUGUUGUGGGGUCUUUUGUGACCUCUUGGAUGAGUCGUCGCUGGGCUCUUGGGGUCAUUUUGUUUGGCCGGGCACUCCUGAGAAGGUUCACCACUGCUCCAUGUUUUCACCAUUUGUGGAUAAUGGCUCUCACUGUGAGUCACUGGAGACCCAAAGCUUUAGAAAUGGCUUUAUAACCUUUUUCAGACUGAUAAUCUCAGUUAAAUUAUGUUUUAACAGGGGGGACAAUCACUUGUUCACACAGGGUAAUUUAGGUUUGGAUUUUUUUCCACUUAAAAAUAAAAUAAAAAUAACAUUUUGCAGAGCAUUUUGUUUUCAGUUGUGUUGUAUUUAAUAACUAAUAUUUUAAUUUGUGUGAUGAUCUGAAACAAUUAAGUGGGACCAACAUGCAAAAAAAAAAAAAAAGAAAUCAGGACGGGGGAAAACUCUUUUUCACACCACAGUAUAUGGCUUACAUAGCCACAUGAAAAGGAUGUUUGGAGCACCAGACUAUAAAGAAAAACAAAUACUCCAUUCAUAUGUGUACAUGCUGCAAGACAGUGAACUGAAUUAUUGAUAGUUUGAGGAUUUCAACGUUUUUUUCUUGUCACCUUUUGUUUUCCUGUUUAUACAAACGUACUGUAUUUUCUUUACACAGUGAACUGAAGCAACACAUUUAAACUAUGGCAGGAUGUCCUGUUGUAUUUAUUAAUGUCCUCAUAUGUCUUACAGUACAUGGAACAAAAACUUUAUUAUUUUCACUUCCACAACUUUGUGUCUAUAUUGUAUUGUUUGCAAUCCAUAUUGACAUUACUGAUGUUGUCAUUUCAUUUUAAAAUGUAUGUUUUAAUGCCAGUACGUUUAUGCUUAAUACACUCCUGAUCAAAAUCUUAAGACCAGUUGAAAAUUGCUAGAAUUUGCAUUUUGCACAUUUGGAUCUUAAUGAGGUUUUAAGUAGAGCUACAAUAUGCAAAAGCAAGAAUGGGGAGUGACACAAAAAGCAUUUUGAAAAAGUAAUUUAUUGAAAACAACAAUUAAACUGAAGUAGGCUGUUUAUCAGCUGAUCAAAAGUUUAAGACCGUCACUCAAAAAAUAACAAAAAACUCUCCAAACCAGAACAAAAAAUGUUCUCAGUAGGACUCAGUAAUGAGUAGCUCCACCGUUCUUGUUAAUCACUUCAAAAAUUGGUUUGGACAUGCUUGAUGCGAGUGUUUCCAGGAGGCUAGUGGGAACAUUGCUCCAAGUGGUGAAGAUGGCUUCAUGAAGGGCAUCCACUGUCUGGAACUGAUGGCCAUUUUUAUAAACUUCCCUUGCCAUCCAUCCCCAAAUGUUCUCUAUGGGAUUUAAAUGAGGGGAACAUGCAGGAUGGUCCAAAAGAGUGAUGUUAUUCUCCCUGAAGAAGUCCUUGGUCAAGCGAGCAUUGUGAACUGCAGCGUUGUCCUGUUGAAAAAGAAACAACACAAAACUCUGAAAGACAUUUUCAACACAAGCACACAACACUUUCUGAAAAGUUGUCAUUUAUUUUAAAGUAGGUCUACAUAUGUAACAGUCGUCAUUCCUGCAGUCCAGCUCUGCACACGAUGGGCUCGAACAAGCAACCACAUCUGAUUGAUGGGCACCACACACGCGGGCCGAUGCCACCUCUAGUCCAUUAAUUUUCAAUGAAACCUGCACGAAAAGGAGAUUACUGAGUCUCUGUCCAGCCAUGCGACAUCCGCUGUGUGUUAACUUUUAUGUUUGUGCAUGUCAUCAUGGACACGCUGGCUUUGCGACACGAUCCCAGAAAGUUGAAAAGUGUUCAACUUUUCAUUGCGGCCGACCGGACGAGGACCAGUCAGCGGGAGUUUCAUUGACCGACCAAUGAGAAGACAAGAUGCUAUUCAGUGCACUCUCCUAGGUAAACAUGGAGGAAAACAUUUGUUUAUCUUUUUUAGCUAUUUGACAUGUUUAAAAAAGAAAUUUGAGAUAUAAAGAAAAAAGAAGCGGCAUGGGAACUUGUUGGCACCAUAGUAAACAUGUCAGGUAAGUUUACAUUAAUUUACACAAACAUUUAUGUAAGUUUACCUUCAAUACUAACAAGAUCCGGUACUAGCAAGAGUUUCUCCACUGAACGACCUUGAUAUACCACGAUUCCCUCUAUAUCUGACAGUCAAAUCAAAACUGUGGGAGACUCAUAAUUCGCUCUGGAUGUGAACGCGUCGCUCACCACAGCUGUUUGUCGCCAUAGCCAGUGAGCUAAAAAAAAUAAGGCUUUCAAAUCACAGAUGAUACCAUCAUAACCCUACAACUUGGCAUCCGUUACACAUGCACACUGCACUUCUAUUUGUUGUAUUCUGCUGGUAAAAUUCUGAUUAAAACUUUUGAAAGUUUUAACAUUUUUUAAUCUGAUGUUUUGUGGCUCCAGACUAUUUUACUUCAGUGGGGGAGGGGGUAAAAUGGCUGUUUUGAUAGCAAAGGUUGCCGACCCCUGGUUUAGGGGAAAAUCACUUUAUCACACAGGGCCAUGUUUUGGAUUUUUUUCUCCCUUAAUAUUAAAAGGUUUCAUUUAAAAACUGAAUUGUGUGUUCAGUUGUGCUGUCAUUGACUAAUAUUUAAAUUUGUGUGAUGAUCUGAAACAUUUAAGUGUGACAAACAUGAAAAAAAAAUAAGAAACCAGGAAGGGGCAAAUACUUUUUCACACCACUCUAUAAUAUAUAAGAUACUUGUCUAAUAAAAAUAAUGAUUUAAAAAUAAAUAAAAUAAAUUUUAAAAAAGUAAAUAGAUUUUUUUUUCAUGCUCUAGGCCAUGUGACAAUGUGUUUAUGUUCCUUUUUGAUGCCUUAGUUCCGGGUUGUAUGCUCUUAUUUUGUAUUUACUUCCGUUUUUGCUCCAUCCCGUGUUUUUGCCUGCUUUGUCUUUCUGUUUACUCUCACCUGCUGCUAAUUCAGUUUCUCUUCUAUUGAGUUCAACUGCACGCAUUGUUCCUUGUCGGAGCAUUGUAAAUUUCUAUGCUGUUAAAGCUCAUUGUUGG